CAAUUUUAAGCUGAGAUGGCGACUUCAGGUCAUCCUGAGAGGAAAGUCAUCGAGGGUGACGGCGGUUACAUUCUCGAAGACGUUCCUCAUUUGUCUGAUUACAUCUUCAAUCUACCUUUUUACGCCAAUGCAUUGCAAGACAACCCUGCAUAUUCAGUGGUCAAGCAAUAUUUUGUUCAUGUUGAUGAUACUGUUCCACAGAAGGUGAUUGUUCAUAAGGAUGGCCCACGGGGGAUACAUUUUCGACGUGCUGGAGCAAGGCAGAAGGUGUACUUUAAAGCAGAUGAUGUCAAAGCUUGCAUUGUGACAUGUGGGGGCUUAUGUCCUGGACUCAACACAGUUAUUAGGGAAAUAGUAUGUGGGCUUGAUUACAUGUAUGGUGUGAAGCAGGUUCUAGGAAUAGAAGGUGGAUAUAAAGGCUUCUAUUCCCGCAACACAAUUACUUUGACACCAAAAGUUGUGAAUGAUAUCCACAAGCGUGGAGGAACCAUAUUAGGAACAUCUCGUGGUGGCCAUGAUACUAAAAAGAUAGUUGACAGCAUCCAGGACAGGGGUAUCAAUCAGGUAUAUAUUAUUGGAGGUGAUGGAACUCAGAAAGGAGCAUCAGUUAUAUUUGAGGAAGUUAGAAAACGUGGUCUCAAGGUUGCAGUUGUUGGAAUCCCUAAAACCAUAGACAAUGACAUUCCGGUUAUCGAUAAGUCAUUUGGCUUUGACACUGCGGUUGAGGAGGCCCAACGUGCAAUAAAUGCAGCACAUGUUGAGUCUGAGAGUGCUGAGAAUGGUAUUGGUCUAGUGAAGCUAAUGGGGCGCGACAGCGGAUUCAUUGCAAUGUAUGCCACACUUGCAAGCCGAGAUGUAGACUGUUGCUUGAUUCCUGAAUCACCAUUUUAUCUAGAAGGACCUGGUGGUCUUUUCCAAUAUAUAGAGAAACGACUUAAAGAAAAUGGCCACAUGGUUAUUGUGAUAGCUGAAGGUGCAGCGCAGGAGCUUCUUUCUGAAAGUAGUAACCAGGUUGAUCCUUCAGGAAACAAAGUUCUCAAAGAUGUUGGCCUUUGGAUAUCUCAGAUGAUCAAGGAUCACUUCAAAAACAAGAUGAUCAUUAAUCUGAAAUAUAUAGAUCCGACUUAUAUGAUUCGAGCAAUUCCAAGUAUUGCUUCUGACAAUGUGUAUUGCACCCUACUGGCUCAAAGCGCUGUUCAUGGAGCAAUGGCUGGCUAUACGGGCUUCACUGCAGGGCUUGUUAAUGGAAGACAAACAUAUAUACCAUUCUAUCGAAUUACUGAGAGUCAAAACAAGGUGGUGAUAACCGAUAGGAUGUGGGCUCGGUUGUUGUCUUCAACGAAUCAACCAAGCUUUAUGAACUCAAAACUGAUUGUUGAUAACAACAAACAGGAAGAGAAUUCGUCUGAUGAGAUAUCGGAAAAGAAAGAAAAUGGUGCAAUCUGAGUAACUUAAGGUAAUAAUAAUAUGGUUUAAAUCCCAUUCUCUCAUAUUGGUGUCUAGUUUGAGGGCAUAAGUAGCCAAUUCUUCAUUGUGCUAUAGAUAAGAAACUGUAUUUGUGUUGGUUGGGAUUUGUUUUCGAUUUGUAGAGUGCAAUAUUCAAUCAUUUGUACCGUUUUUUCGACUAGUUUAUUGCGCCUGAAAAGAGGUUAGCCAACCAUUUGUGCAGUUACUACAUUCAUACACUUGAAUCUUUCUAUUUAUUUAAGGUCGUUGUUAUUCAUUCAA